AUGGACCUCCUCUCGAGCGUCCGCAAAUCCGGCUCUCGCGGCGGCGUCAACUUCAGCUGGGACGAAGUCGCAAACUCCUCUCACCGCGAAAACUACCUCGGCCACAGCCUCAAAGCCCCCGUCGGCCGCUGGCAAAAGGGCCGCGACCUCAAUUGGUACGCCAAAGGCGACGGCGACGAUGCAGGAGCGGUCGAAGGCGAGACGGAACAAGAGAGGCAGGAGCGCGCGCGCAAGGAGGAGCUGCGCAAGAUCAAAGAGGCCGAGGAGGACGCGCUCGCGCGCGCGCUGGGGUUGCCUGUGCCGCAGCGGGAUUCGUCGGGAGCGAAUGCAGUCGAGGUGAGCGGGUCCAGGGGGAUUGGUGGUGGUGGUGCUGGCGAUGCGAAGCCUGUGGAGGAGGAAGGGGCCAAGAGCGGGCUCGUUGUCAGUGAGAAGAGGGAGCGCAGGGAUCGAGAUGAGGAUCGGAUCGCGACCGUGAUGAGGGGCGGGCGAGGCGGCAUCAUCGUAAGGCGAGAAGCCGGAGCCGUGAGGGUGGUGAGCGAGAGCGCGGGCCGAGAGAGCAUCGACGGCGGAGCAGGAGUAGAGAGGGUCAGCGGCCGCGUUCGAGGGACCGUCGGCGCAGUCCUGAUGAGCGCCGUCGAUGAAGGACGGUAG